UCUGGCGGAGUAAGACGUCGCAGCCAGUCCGCGCGUGAUCACGUGAGCGCGAGAGCGAAAGAGGCAGAAGCGGCGAUGUAGCAGCAGCAGCGGGUCUCAGCGCCGCACUGACAGCCUGGAAUUACAGUAUCGUUUCUUGCUGAGGGAACGCGGCCAUGGCGGGGCUCUAUUGAGGGAAAACGAGAUCGCACACCAGGCUCCUCGUCUCGGCGUUUCUCUUUCCGCUGCUCUUGUCGCACACCUAUGCAUUGCUGCGUUGCGGAUAACGGACUGUGUUGAAAGAACGGGGCUGAAAAAGAAGGAGGAAAAAAAAAAGCUUAGCUUUGUAAAUUUUGAAACAGAAUGGCGGACCGUGAUACAUUAGCCCUUCCUCUGGAGGUGAGAGCGAGAUUAGCCGAGCUGGAACUGGAGUUAUCGGAAGGUGACAUCACACAGAAAGGCUAUGAAAAGAAGAGAUCAAAGUUAAUUGGCGCCUACCUCCCACAGCUGCCAGGGGUAGAUCCCUCCCUGUCCCAGGAGAGGAGACCCCCCAUCACGCCCUCUUCCUCGUCCCGUUACCACCGGCGACGCUCUUCCGGGUCACGGGACGAGCGAUACAGAUCAGAUGUGCACACAGAGGCCGUGCAAGCGGCGCUGGCCAAACAGAAAGAGCGCAAGAUGGCGGUGCCCAUGCCGUCCAAGCGUCGCUCCCUGGUGGUGCAGACCUCGAUGGAUGCCUACACUCCCCCAGGUGAGGAACAUGUGCCCAUCCAAGACACAUCCUCGGGCUCAGAGGGGGAGGGCUCCAUGCAGGGGGAGGGCACCCCCACCUCCAGCCAGGGGAGCAUAAACAUGGAGCACUGGAUCAGCCGAGCCAUCCACGGCUCCACCACCUCCUCCACCACCUCCUCCUCCUCCACCCACAGCGGGGGCAGCGGCGCCGCCAGCCGAUUGGCCGACGUCAUGGGCCAGACGCACAUCGGCGGCUCAGGGCCCAUCGCUCACCUCUCGCUGAAGCGGGACGCGGGGCGGGGCGCGGGGCGGGGCGCGGUGGAGAACGGGAACUCGCCCCGCCGGUCCCGCGCACCGGGAGCAGACCUGGCCUGGCACCCGCACUCCCAGGCCGAGGAGAACCACUCGGCCCCGCCCGAUGUCACCACCUACACGUCGGAGCACUCCAUGCAGGGGGAGAGGCCUCAGGUGUCCACCACCUCCAGGACCACGCCCAAAUACGGCAACGCAGAGCUCAUGGAGACAGGAGACGGUGUGCCCGUUAGCAGCCGCGUCUCCGCUAAGAUCCAGCAGCUGGUGAACACGCUGAAGAGGCCCAAGCGGCCGCCGCUGCGCGAGUUCUUUGUGGACGAUUUCGAGGAGCUGCUGGAGGUCCAACAGCCGGACCCGAACCUGCCCAAACCAGAGGGGGCCCAGAUGCUGACCAUGCGGGGGGAGCAGCUGGGCGUGGUCACCAACUGGCCCCCGUCUCUGGAGGCCGCCCUGCAGCGCUGGGGUACCAUCUCCCCCAAAGCGCCCUGCCUGAGCAGCAUGGACACCAACGGGAAACCGCUCUACAUCCUCACAUACGGGAAGCUCUGGACCCGGAGCAUGAAGGUGGCCUUCAACAUCCUGCACAAGCUGGGGACCAAGCAGGAGCCCAUGGUCCGGCCGGGGGACCGGGUGGCGCUGGUCUUCCCCAACAACGACCCGGCGGCCUUCAUGGUGGCGUUUUACGGCUGCCUGCUGGCGGAGGUGGUGCCCGUGCCCAUCGAGGUGCCGCUGACCAGAAAGGACGCAGGAAGUCAGCAGAUCGGUUUCCUGCUGGGCAGUUGCGGCGUGACCGUAGCGCUAACGAGCGACGCCUGCCACAAGGGAUUACCCAAGAGCCCCACGGGAGAAAUCCCACAAUUCAAAGGAUGGCCAAAGCUGCUGUGGUUCGUCACGGAGUCCAAGCACCUAUCCAAACCUCCGCGGGACUGGUUUCCACACAUCAAAGAUGCAAACAACGACACUGCCUACAUAGAGUAUAAGACCUGUAAGGACGGGAGUGUUCUGGGAGUGACGGUGAUGAGGAUCGCUCUGCUCACGCACUGUCAGGCCCUGACGCAGUCCUGCGGCUACACAGAAGCGGAGACCAUAGUGAAUGUAUUGGACUUUAAGAAGGACGUGGGGCUGUGGCACGGCAUCCUCACGAGUGUGAUGAACAUGAUGCACGUUAUCAGCAUUCCGUACUCGCUGAUGAAGGUCAACCCGCUGUCCUGGAUACAGAAGGUGUGCCAGUACAAAGCUAAGGUGGCGUGUGUGAAGUCCCGGGACAUGCACUGGGCGCUGGUGGCGCACCGGGACCAGCGGGACGUCAACCUCAGCUCCCUCCGAAUGCUGGUGGUGGCCGACGGCUCCAACCCCUGGUCCAUCUCCUCCUGUGAUGCGUUCCUGAACGUCUUCCAGAGCAAGGGGCUGAGAGCUGAGGUGAUCUGCCCCUGUGCCAGCUCUCCAGAGGCCCUGACCGUGUCUAUCCGCAGGCCCACAGACGACAGUAACCUGCCCCCGGGCAGGGGGGUGCUGUCCAUGCAGGGGCUGAGCCACGGGGUCAUCCGGGUGGACUCCGAGGAGAAGCUCUCCGUGCUGACGGUGCAGGACGUGGGCACGGUGAUGCCAGGAGCGCUCAUGUGCGUGGUGAAGCCGGACAGCGUUCCCCAGCUCUGCAGGACGGACGAGAUCGGGGAGCUGUGCGUCUGCUCCAUCGCCACGGGAACGUCCUACUACGGCCUCUCGGGCAUGACCAAGAACACCUUCGAGGUGUUCCCCAUGAGCAGUUCCGGGGCCCCCAUCAGCGAGUACCCCUUCACCAGGACGGGCCUGCUGGGGUUCGUGGGCCCGGGGGGGCUGGUCUUCAUCGCGGGGAAGAUGGACGGGCUGAUGGUGGUGGGGGGGCGGAGACACAACGCCGAUGACAUCGUCGCCACGGCGCUGGCGGUGGAGCCAAUGAAGUUUGUGUACAGGGGAAGGAUCGCCGUGUUCUCCAUCACGGUGCUCCACGACGAGCGGAUCGUGGUGGUGGCCGAGCAGCGGCCCGACUCCACCGAGGAGGACAGCUUCCAGUGGAUGAGCCGCGUGCUGCAGGCCAUCGACGGGAUUCACCAGGUGGGGGUGUACUGCCUGGCGCUCGUGCCCUCAAACACCCUCCCCAAAACGCCGCUGGGCGGGAUCCACCUGUCCGAGACCAAGCAGCUGUUCCUGGAGGGGUCCCUGCACCCCUGCAACGUCCUCAUGUGCCCCCACACCUGCGUCACCAACCUGCCCAAACCGCGGGAGAAACAGCCAGAGAUCGGGCCCGCGUCGGUGAUGGUGGGUAACCUGGUGUCGGGGAAGCGGAUCGCCCAGGCCAGCGGCCGGGACCUGGGGCAGAUCGAGGACAAUGACCAGGCAAGGAAGUUCCUGUUCCUGUCAGAGGUGUUGCAGUGGAGGGCGCAGACCACCCCAGACCACGUGCUCUUCACGCUGCUGAACUCUCGGGGGACGAUAGCCAGCUCGCUGACCUGCCUCCAGCUGCACAAGCGGGCGGAGAAGAUCGCCGCCAUGCUGGCGGAACGGGGGCACCUGCAGGACGGGGAUCACGUGGCGCUCGUCUACCCCCCAGGGAUUGACCUGAUUGCAGCGUUUUAUGGGUGCCUGUACGCCGGCUGCGUGCCCAUCACCGUCCGGCCCCCCCAUCCCCAGAACAUCGCCACCACCCUGCCCACUGUGAAGAUGAUCGUGGAGGUGAGUCGCUCGGCCUGUGUGAUGACCUCACAGGUGAUCUGUAAGCUGCUGCGGUCGAAGGAAGCUUCAGCUGCUGUGGACGUCAGGACAUGGCCGCCUGUCCUGGACACCGAUGAUUUGCCAAAGAAGAGGCCCCCCCUGCUGUACAAACCCUCGAACCCCGACACCCUGGCCUACCUGGACUUCAGCGUGUCCACCACGGGCAUGCUCGCUGGGGUGAAGAUGUCCCACACUGCCACCAGUGCCUUCUGCCGCUCAAUCAAGCUGCAGUGCGAGCUGUACCCGUCCCGCGAAGUCGCCAUCUGCCUGGACCCCUACUGCGGCCUGGGCUUCGUCCUCUGGUGCCUGUGCAGUGUGUACUCGGGGCACCAGUCCAUCCUGAUCCCGCCCUCGGAGCUGGAGGUGAACCCGGCGCUCUGGCUGCUGGCGGUCAGUCAGUACAGGGUGCGCGACACCUUCUGCUCCUACUCCGUCAUGGAGCUGUGCACCAAGGGGCUGGGCCUGCAGACCGAUUCGCUCAAGUCCCGGGGCCUGGAGCUGUCGCGGGUGCGGACGUGCGUGGUGGUGGCGGAGGAGAGGCCCAGGAUAGCGCUGACCCAGUCCUUCUCCAAGCUCUUCAAGGACCUGGGGCUCCACCCCCGAGCCGUCAGCACCUCCUUCGGCUGCAGGGUCAACCUGGCCAUCUGCCUGCAGCCUCACAGGCUUGGGAAGCUUGCCGAUCAGGGCACGUCGGGACCCGACCCCACCACUGUGUUCGUGGACAUGAGAGCCCUGAGACACGACAGGGUGCGGCUGGUGGAGAGGGGAUCCCCACACAGCCUGCCGCUCAUGGAGUCGGGAAAGAUUUUACCCGGAGUUCGGAUCAUCAUCGCCAACCCGGAGACCAAGGGGCCUCUGGGAGAUUCUCACCUGGGAGAGAUCUGGGUGCACAGCGGGCACAACGCCAGCGGCUACUUCACCGUGUACGGCGACGAGUCGCUGCAGUCCGACCACUUCAGCUCGCGCCUCAGCUUCGGGGACACGCAGACCGUCUGGGCCAGGACGGGGUACCUGGGGUUCCUCCGGAGGACCGAGCUGACCGACGCCAGCGGGGAGAGGCACGACGCGCUGUACGUGGUGGGGGCGCUGGACGAGGCGAUGGAGCUGAGGGGGAUGCGGUACCACCCCAUCGACAUCGAGACCUCCGUCAUCCGGACGCACAAGAGCAUCACCGAAUGCGCGGUGUUCACCUGGACCAACCUGCUGGUGGUGGUGGUGGAGCUGGACGGCUCGGAGCAGGAGGCGCUGGACCUGGUGCCGCUGGUGACCAACGUGGUGCUGGAGGAGCACUACCUGAUCGUGGGCGUGGUGGUGGUGGUGGACAUCGGCGUCAUCCCCAUCAACUCGCGCGGCGAGAAGCAGCGCAUGCACCUGCGCGACGGCUUCCUGGCCGACCAGCUGGACCCCAUCUACGUGGCCUACAACAUGUAGGCCCCCGGGCCCCCCCCCCCCCUCACGGACCUCACUACCACUGUACUAUAUGUACAUAACUGCGAAACGGAAGACACACACACGCACACGCACGCACACACACAUACAUGCGGCUGUCCGCUGCAGAGGUGGGCGGGAAAACACGGACCGGAAUCCGCCGCCGGCUAGGACAGGAGCGAGCGAGUGACCCGCGCGGCUAGGCUACCCGGCUAGGACAGGAGCGAGUGAGCGAGCCGGCUAGGCUACCCGGCUAGGACAGGAGCGAGUGAGCGAGCCGGCUAGGCUACCCGACUAGGACAGGAGCGAGCGAGCCGCGGCUAGCUCCGGCUAGGACAGGAGCGAGUGAGCGAGCCGGCUAGGCUACCCGGUUUAGCCGUUCGCGUGCGGCGGCUAACGGUUUAGCCAUUCGCGCGCGGCGGCUAACGGUUUAGCCGUUCGCGUGCGGCGGGUAACGGUUUAGCCAUUCGCGUGCGGCGGCUAACGGUUUAGCCGUUCCGGCGCGGUGGCUAACGGUUUAGCCGUUCCGGCGCGGCGGGUAACGGUUUAGCCGCUCCCGUGCGGCGGCUAACGGUUUAGCCACUCCCGUGCGGAUUUCGACGUCGGCGGCGUAUAAACGUCACGUGUGACGCGCGUGUGCAGGAGGCUCGGGGUGCCACACGCGUGUGCAGGAGGCGCGGUGUGCCACACGCUCCUCGCUUGCUUGGAUGUUGCUUUCGGAAGUAAAGUGCGGCUCCACGUUUUCAUCUUGCGUAUGCUGAAGUAGCUCAUUUUUUUAACGUGCCCUCUAAGAGGUAAGGUUUUAUUUUUAUUUUUUUUUAUACUUACAUAUUGUGGCAAACUGUAUUUUAAGUUUAUUACUGUUUUUAAAAAAAUAUAAAGCAUUACAGAUGUUUCGAAUACCAGGCCAUAUUGUUUUAUUUAUUUAUCUUUUUUUUGUCCUUGAACUUUACAAAGGGGUGUGUUUUCUUUUUCUUUUGUUCUCAACCAGGCUUUUUCAAUUUUAAUUUGGGUCUUCUGUCACGAUUCCACCUUUAAGGUGGUGCCCCCUGUUUGUUUCAGUAUUGGAAACAGACGUUUAUUCAGUGGAGUCUUUGAUACCAUGGUAACUAAUGGAAGGGAAAAAAACACAAUGUGACUUCAUAUGUAAUUAUGUAAAAAAAAAAAAAAAAACCUUUAAUUUAUUUUGUGCUCUUUAGAAAUAUAAGAGAGAAGACAUUUAAGAAUGUUCUACUCGAAAUAUUUGCUAAUAUAAAAGAAAGCAUUGUAUUAUCUUGAGUGAAUAGUCUCACAUCAAGUAUAUAAAAUAUAAAUAUAUAAAUAUAUAUAUAUAAAUAUUAAAAAAUAACUAGUAUUCACCAAUGAAAAUGUUUGAAAUGCAGUACUUUUCACUUGCAUGGUGUGUGUCGUCGUAGAUGAAACAGAAGUCACUGAGCUGUUUGAGUGACACACACUGAAAGACACGCGGGGUGUCGCAGUCAAAUGCACCCCAGGGGAAACGUUUCCUGCAAAGAGGGAAGACUUUAAGCGUGACACACCAGUUAAAAUGAUUUAAGGUAACGUAGAAAGCCAGACAGAAACUGCAGCUUUAGAUCUGUGUUUGUAGCUGGCAUGCAGACUGCUCUACGGGUGUUUCUCCAGUGACAGGAGGAGAUGGCGCACAUGGAGAAUUGUAAAUAUAAAAAAAAUAAUUAAUUUAAAUCCUGAAUAUUUUUUGACAGUUGACUCCAUUGAAAGUGAGCGAUCAAACUCAGUUGAGGGGGAUCUGCUGUCUUCAAUGCUGACACGCUUAAAAAUAAUUAGACAACAUAAUAAUAAUGAUAAUAACAAUAAUAAUAAUAAUAAUACCCAUGGGAACCAUUAAUAGUGAAGAAAAGUCGUGGAAUGACUGUUGCUAUGGUAACACAAACACGUCCUUAGCCAGUUCUGUGGGAGUUCUGUGUUUACAUACAAGUGCUCGGAAGUGAAAAGUAUAUUGCUUGGAAUCGUGAAUUCGUUAAUGAUUUAUCAGUUCAUUCAAAGCACCUUUCUCCUGUGUGACUGAUCAGAGUGAGCCUGUUCCUUUGAGGUUUUUUUUUUUUUUUUUUUGUCGUUUUAAGUGUCUCGGUCUCUGUUGACGUGAUCCGUCCGUCAUUCGAAGAAACAUUUCAACGACGCCUGACGGAACAAGAGGCUUUGCUCAAGCUGCAGUUUGCGUUUCCUGUUAUCAUUUCAUCCGGUUCACAAAUCCGUUCAAAUUCUCUCUAACACGACGGCGUAUUUAUUAUUUUGUUAUUUACCGUAUGUAUAGUUUCUCUUCUGUCUUUGUUCCACUGGUUGUCCUUUGGGAUUUUGCAUUGAUUUUUUAUUUUUUUUGUUCGUUUGUUCAUGUGAUUACAGUGGCAUACCUUAAAGCAUGUUCUGUGCCUUCAGCAACUGAGGGAAAAAAAAAAUAAAAAAUUAACAGCAGGAGCCAAAAACAAAUCAGUUAUGCCAAAACUCAUCUUUUGAACUAUUAUUUAAAGCGUCAUUAGAGCUCUCGGGGUUCCUAGCGGUUUAUAAAAAUUAAGCGUGUAGAAAAAAGAGAGAAGCGAACGUUACCGUCUGUCGUUUGUCUCUUCUUGGGGCAUCUGUUGGCGGGAUGCGUUCUUCCACACAGAUGAGCAACGUGGCUUUUGCGCUCUCGUUGUUGGAGGUCUUAGCACACCCUUUUUAGGCAUGUCCACUAGUAACCACUUACCCCCCCUCCCAGAGUCCACGCUCAGUGGUUGUCCAGCUAACUCAGAAAGAUUUUUCCUGAACGUUGGGGAUAAUUCUUGCCAGUUUUCCCGAUUCGGUUGUGAGGUGAAGUUACUGGGGGAGAGUGACCCCCCCAAACAGUUCUUGUUCCUUUCAGAGAAGGUCUGUCAGUGUCACAGAGGACAAAAACACUCCAAGCAAGUAAAAUUAAAGUCAAAUGACGUUAGUUAUUUAGUUCCCCCCGUUUUGGGGAAAAAAACAUUUUUGCCCUGACGUUCUUGGAAAGUUCUGGAAACCUGGGCGGUAGCUCUGUGUGUUGCAUUAAAUGUGUGUUCCAUAAAGACUCAUCUCAACAAUAUAUGGCUCACUCCCAAAACAUCGGUCAUCACCAACCCCCCUUUUUAAGAAAAGCAAUUUAAUUUGCCUUUUUGCGACCAGUAAAAUGUAGCCUACCUGUUCCCCCCCCCCCCCCCUUUUUUUUUUUUUUUACCACAAGCGUAAGCACCCGCAGUUGCACAUUUAAAAAGCAUAUCAACCCGUCAAUAUCUGUGUUUGUUCCAUAUGAAAUCAGUGUCUAUUAGAGACGGCAGUGACACAAUCAGAGGUAAUGGUACGGUCUGCCGUGUUCCAGCGUUGUCCCUUUACGCGCGGCCAUCGAGGACAUGGCGUCUUCGUUACAGACUAAAAGUGCAAUCGAGAAGCAGAGAAUCCGUUUAUUUGAAAGAUUAACGUUUUAAAAAUAAGCCUACAGUUUCUUUAUGGGGAUCGGUUUACAUGUGAACUGUUAGUGACAAUAUUUUUUUUCCUCUUGUUUUUAAAGAAGAAAAAAAGUCUUAUAGUCUAUGUUUGGAAGCGUUGAUGAUGUCAUUCCCAAAUAUUAAAAAAAGAAAGAAAUGUUUUCCUAUCAAAGUAGAAAAAAAACUGCACAUAAUUUUGCAACAUUUUGUUACGUAAUUUCCAUUUUCUUGGAAAUUUAGACCUUGUGUGAGUGAGUCUGCAUGGUGUCUGUAUAUAUUGUUGGUCACACAAAAAAAAGAAUAAUACAGUUUAUUUUGUAUGGUGCAGGUGUGUUUGGAGCUUCUGUUUUGUACGCGUUUAAAAGUAUUAAAACACACUUAUAGGAGCCUAUUUAGGCAACACACGCUGCCGACAUUCAUCAUUUCAGGUGCAAUAAAGUGUUUUCAUUGGGAAAAAAAAAAAACAAAACAAACAUUUUCAUGUGAAUUGGAAAAGUCAGUAAGUAAGACUGUGCACUCCACAAUACUCAGUUCCUCUUUCCAUUGUCUGUGCUCUUAACUGGUGAAGGAGUCGCGUUCACACUGUGCCACUCUUGUAUGACGGUCCCACUUAAUGUGUCACAAGUCGUGUUAACUCUUCAGUAACGUCGUGUAACGUUCAGACGCUCCCUUGCAGUAAAGACUGACCACAGCCUGCCGCAACACUGCACACGCAAUUGUUUGAGUGGCAGUGUUUGUAAUUUAACUUGUUGUGUCAAAGCAGCUCUCGGCUUUGGCUCCUGGUUUUUUCAUUUCUGCGUAUCUGUCAGUAUUUUUGGUCUUACAUUCUGUUAUUUUGUUCAACUCCUGCGUUCAGUUUUUUUUUAUACCAUAACAUGAUAAAAGAGAAGGACAUUAUUAUUAUUAUUAUUAUUAUUAUUUGCCAAUGAGUCUGUUGGACUUAGCAAUAAAGGCCUUUCCUUAGGUUCUGUACUGUAGAUAAAACCAUGUAUCAGAAUGUACAAAUCAUGUUAUACUGUGUUGUGACCUAGUGCUCUUUCAAAGGAUGGAAUUUCCAAAAAAAGAAAAACAGAAAAAAAAACAAGAAAAAACACCUAUGUGAAAAUGGAAAUACCAUACAUAACAAGACAAUGCACAACUACAAAAAAACAAAACAAAAUGGAGGACCCUGCAGUCAUUCUGUUUGCUGACAGUGCGUGAAUGAAAAGAACAGUGUUCUCAUGGUGCUUGUUAGUAGAUAUUAUUCCUGCUUGACACUUUACACCAGGGGGAGUCUGACCCUUAAAUCAGUGGAAUGUUAGCUGCAUUAUUUCAGUAAAUCUGGUGACAGGUUUAGAAAAACAUCCAUGUACACAGUUUAUCACAGCUGAGACUUUUUUUUUUCUUAGACAAAAAAAAAACAACAAAAAACAACAAAACAAGGAUAGAGACCUUUUUUCGUAUAUCCCAGAAACCACCAAGUACGCUUUGUACAUGUGUGAUAACAUCUGUUUUAUAUUUCAAAUGAACAAAAUAAAAGCUUUUAUUUUUGUUGCUGUGAA